AUGGCUAUCAAAACCAGGCACAUCCCUGUUCUUCCACGUCCAAGAUGGCUCGAUGCGGCAGGGAUGGGCAAAGGCAUUGAUCAUGACCGCCAGCAUCUAAGCAUCGUCCUUGCUGCAGGCCAAACUAUCAAGGCUCGUCAAACCAACACCGCAAUCACUGGCGAGCUCACUCUGCGCUUGCUGAACGACGAUAAUCAAACGGAGGCAUCCAAAAAAGUGGGCAGCGACUGGGCUGAGCUCAGCGCUAGUGUUGUCUCUGUGCCAUUCAUCGACACGCUGUACACCGAUACCUCAAAUGCCGCUGUGGAGCCGGUGGUUGAAUAUGAAUAUCCGGAUGGUUCGAAGCAACUACCCGUUUAUCGCAAGGGACAAAGUCAGAGCGAAUUCUUCAAUCACUGGGAUAAUCAGGGGUCGGAGUUCGCACUUCUUGACUCCAGCUACACACAAGUCCUCGUUCCUGUGAUUGAUAAAGAGGCAUUGAGACAUCCGCAGGAGGUGGACAAUAUUGACGGGCUGAUCGGAUACUAUGAAUCAGUGUUUUCAUUCUACAAUGCCUUGGCCGGGCUAUCAUUCGAACCUGAGCGUCCUUCUGAUCUGAACAGUACCAAUCGUUACUUCAUGAAGGCUGACAAACACGGCGCCGGUGGCGCGUAUUACGGCCAGAACUGGACCGCAGCGUCGACUAAUGCGAUCAAGGAAUGGUGGCUGCUGCCGUCUGCGAGCAACUGGGGCAAUCUACACGAGAUCGGUCACGGAUAUCAGAUGUCGUUCCGCAAUGACCGAUAUUUCUGGAACGGUGAAGUAUCCAACAACGUUUAUGCCGCUCUAUACCAGAGCGCCUAUCUAGGCGACCGCAAGUAUCAGGAAGGCUGGCUGUAUAACUAUGGAAAGCAAGCCCAAGUUGAGCAAGGUAUCAUCAGUGACAUCACGUCGCACAAGUCACUCAAUGACUGGGAUCUUCGCGCGAAGCUAUACUUUCUCGUCUUGAUGGUGGAAAAGGCAGGUGUCGACUCGUUUGCCGAUUUCAACCAGCAGUAUCGUCUGGUUAGCAACCAGCCAAACUUCGAUUCCACUAAUCAUCUGCUUCUGGAUAUGCUCUCUGACAGCUUCUCCCGCAUUGGACACAUUGAUGUGACACCGUUUGUGGAGCUAUGCAGUGGAUAUAUCUCACCAGGACAGCGUGAAAUCAACCAGUUUGGUCAAGGCAGAGCCGUUUAUCCGCUAAAUCAGCUUGUGGAUGGAGAUACCUUGACACAGCUCCAGGAGCAGCUGAAAUUGCAAAGCCCUCUUACCUUAGUCACUGUCUCCCAAUUGCUCGCUAGCGGGAUCAAAGGUGAUGUCAGCCUCGAACUCAAGAUCGAUGAUUUCAGCCAAAUCUACGGGAAGACUAUCACAGUGCUGGACGGCUCCCGCUAUGUCCGCCAGCUCACCGUUGAAACCGAGAAUAUAUCCCUUGGAGCUCUGCCGAUCGGUGUAUAUACUUUUCGUCUCCCGUUGGGGCGAAACAGCAAAUACCAGGUUGAUCAACGCUAUCUGGUUGUCAAGCCUGGAUCAGCUCAGGUGCACGUGAAUUUUGUCCCUCAGACUGGGUCUCAAGUGACCAACCAAGAGAUAAAGCUGCUAGGUCUAGGGGACAAUUUGUUCAGCACCAUACUAGUCGACCAAGCAAAUCACGUCGUGCAAGUAGCCGUGACUAACAAAGACCCUCAUUCUUACUUUGGUAAUGAAACAUACGCAGAAGUCGUCAUCAAAGAUAACACUGGCAAGGAGCAGUUCCGCGCUACAAUGCCAGGAGUCGGAGCAACACUUCGUGAUGACAAAAUAGCUUUCAAGCCGGGCUACACCCUCGAGGUUUAUCAUGCGGAACCCAGCCACCGCAUCCAGCUGAGACCAGACUUUGACGGGGUGAUCGACCACAACCAGAAGAGGAAUAUCUUCGAGAUAACCUCCAGUGGUCUCAAAAACCAAUCACUCAACAACGACCCGCUGGCUGCCUUACUAGCACGCAUAGCAGCGGCAGCAACUGCGCUGCGGAGUCACCCUACUCGAUUACACGCUGAGUGUCCCAGCAAGGUGGAUAUUUGGCUCGCCAUCGACCAGUUUACAGGCUCUCAACGCGAGGCUUUGCUAAAAGAAUAUUCCGACUGCAUACCAUCCGACAAUAAUGCCCCCAGCGAAGGGCUCGGCAAUUCCUUUACAGCUGCAUUCAAAGGCAUCGGGGAUUGGCAGUUCCUGACGACAGAAUUAGAUUUAGUCGGCAGAAAGCUGACUGUAGCUUUGAGGGACGGGAUAGCUCAUCACUAUUUCAACGAUACGUACGCUGCCUUGCAGGUUCUAGAUGCUGAUGGAAACGAGCUUCUCAAUCUGGAUGUCAAGGGCAGCACGUCUCAAACGGCACGAAACUGGACUUUGCCUCUUUCUGGCUACGGGGGAGAGGUGCUCAACAUCCGUCACGAGGAAGCGCCCACCCGCCUGUUCAUUAACAACAACAUGCGAGACCUUCGCUUGUCUGGUCGUGAGACAAGGCAGAACUACCGUGUCACGUCCACCGGGCUCGAACUUCUAACCCGAACUUAA